AUGGCACACCGCGAAAAAACCUGCAAAGUAGGAGCCGUUUAUUGAGCUUCUCACCCACCAUUUUAAUGACAUUCUCUUCUUUGGAUUUUUUUGCUUUGGAGUUUCGAUCGAUGUAUUUGAUCGAGUAGAGGAGAGCCGAGCAAUCUUAAUAAACGACGGCAAGGAAGAAGGAGGAGGAGGAGGAGCUCGCAGCAAAAGAAGAAACAAGAAGGAAAUGCAUUCCCUGAGCUUAAAACUUUUCACAGGAUUUAACACAGGAACGAGGAGACCUUGGCCGGGUGGCCAACGGAAUUGUAGAGAUAUUCCAAGAACAUGUAAGAUCAUUGCUUCAUCCUCCGAGAACAGUGGAAGCGGAAAAGCAAGUGAGACCACUAGUUCUUUUGUUUCCCGUAGUCAAACCUAUGCCUUUUUGAAGCAGCAGAUGGAAGUCGCAGCGAAAUCCGAGGAUUACAAAGAAGCUGCAAGAAUUAGGGAUUCAUUGAGGUCAUUUGAAGAAGAGGAGCCUGUAUUGCGCCUUAGGAGAUUGAUGAAGGAGGCAGUUGCUAACGAGAGGUUUGAGGAUGCAGCUAGGUAUCGAGAUGAAUUACAAUUAUUGGCUCCACAUACACUUCUUAAAUGUUCAAGUGAUGCAACUACUCUGGGGAUCAGAGUUCAAGUCAGGAGUGUCUAUAUUGAGGGGCGGAGUCAGCCUUCAAAAGAUCAGUAUUUUUUUGCAUACAGGAUAAGAAUUACUAAUAAUUCAGACCGUCCUGUUCAACUUCUUAGAAGGCAUUGGAUCAUUACUGAUGCCAAUGGGAAAACCGAGAAUGUCUGGGGAAUUGGUGUCAUAGGAGAACAACCUGCCAUUCUUCCAAAGACUGGUUUUGAGUAUUCCUCUGCAUGUCCACUAAGCACCCCUACAGGGAGAAUGGAAGGUGAAUUUGAAAUGAAGUACAUUGAUCGAAUAAAUACAACAUCAAUCAAUGUUACUGUUGCUCCUUUUGCCCUGUCCAUCAUUGGAGAUGAUACGGAUAUCGUCUAACCACAUGAACAUAAAGAUCCAAUUUUGGACUUGAGGGAUAUAGAAAGAAGGCACCCCUAACAAGCAUUAUGUUUUUGUGCCAAAGAGAAAGCAAAAAACUCAUUGUAUGUUUUGCCAAUUACAGUGGGAUGCUUACACCUAUCCCUUCCCUUGCUUGUAUAUUUGUUUAUGGAGAGUUGUUGCACUAGUUCAUGGGACGACCCCCAAGUCAUAAACUUAUAGAGUUUGCUGUAGUAUCAGAAGUCUGUAGAUGUAUACUACUGAAAACCUUCUCAGUUCUCACAAUAUAGUUCCAAUGGAUUACACUGGCUUUCGCAUGGAUUACCCAAAGUGUUUGUUUGGUGGGAGAGCGGGUUUUGUGACUUGUGAGACCUAUAUUAGAUCCCUUAGACUUGUGGGAAAAUUGUAUACAUUAAUUAGGAGUGGAUAUGAGAAAACUGUUUGGGCACA